AUGGAUGAUGAUCUGCGGGGCAUGUGUCCCCGAGUUUGUUCUCGUCGUGCUAGUGUCUUUGAGGAGGCGGUCAGCGUGCCCACCGUUGACCCGAAGACCGGUAAAACUACCCUGCUGCCGCAGUCCAAAGUACUACGACCAGAGAGGCGUGCCGAUCAGUGUCUCUCCGCUCCCGGUCUGCCUACAAUGCUGAGUGGUCGAUGUCAUGCCAAACGCCGUGGUAAGUUCCAAAAUGACUGAUAACGUGGAUCUGUUGGAGGUGGCGCUUGAAAAUUGGCGUGCUUUACUCAGGGACAUCAGUCCAAUGUUUGCAUCACUUUACUCACCACCCACGUGCGAUUGCAGUAUGCGCGGAGGAAAUCAGACAAAAAUUCCCAAAGAGGCAGGGAGGCACAGUUAGUUGGUACCUAGUGGCCGCAUAGGAAAGGGCGCAUGCGACUGGAACUACUUGACAUCGGGAAUUAGCAUUAACUUUGAGGAUUACGGUGACAUUUAAAGUUGUGUUUUUUUAUAAUUGCUUGGGGUAAUAAAGUCCAAGUUAAUUGGGGAAAGUAGCGAACAUUAACCGUAGUUGCUGUAUAUGAACCAACAGCCAACCCUCAUGACAAUUAUAAAACGAGUUCCUCGGUCUUUUUCGCAAAGUUCUGCUCCACAUUCCUCCAAGAAAACGCAGGGCUUAUUCCACAACCCGACGUGUCCUCAUAAAAUUUAUCGUCGGCGUUAUGUGGGACACUUGCGACCGACUUCCUGGUUUCACUGAAGAUAAAAUAAUGGUUAUGGUUAAAGUCAGAAUCCAAAAAACGCCUGCUGAUUAGGUAUUUAAAUGUCUGUAGAACAGCGGCAUGAGACUGAUCGUUUUGUAUGGAUAAACUAUAUGCAAAAGCAUUAUCCGGCUGUCGCUCAAGGUGUGGAAAGGAGACGGCAACAAGAACAGCUCAAGCUGGGGGUUUGCAUCUCAAGGCGUUCAUUCUGUCGCAAAAACUAGAUGGUAGCAAACGUCGAUGCAGUAAACCAGCCAGUCGCCUUUAUCAAGACAUUCCCAGAGACCCUGUGUUUUCUGAAAAAGGUUGACGCUCAUCAGCCCUACCCGAGGGGGGAAUUCGUCCGGUGCAGCGAAGGUAUCACUGAGGCCUUGUUUAUCUGAGGACUGAAUACUGACUGAACUCAUUUGAUUGUUAGAUGAGACGUAGGUACCCGGAUCACCGGAGACUCAGACUUCAGAGCACUGCGUCGGCUGCUGAUACGAUCAGUAGAAAAUAACGCAUGACGUUCAGAUUGAAGAUGACUUCCACUGCUGGUGACACGUGGAAGGUCAAUCAAUUUUUUCAAAAGUUGUUGCGCAUACAUCAUCCGACUGCCAGAUCGAUAAACGACGACUGUUCUCCCCAUAAAGUCACUCAGUCAGCGACUGUCAGGCUAGGAGAAAGUAGCUUACCGAGUUGAACGCACAGGCGAAGUUAGUAGUAUUGAUUCAUAUGGUCCCCCAAACAGGACAUGGGAAUAGGUACGUCCCGCCCAAGCAAUAAAGGGGGACCUGAGCAUAAUUCCGGAAGGGACAAAACAUUCCCCUGUGCAAACCCCAACAACAGCCCUAUUAGAAAACUAAACCUUUGCCCUAACCUUGGCCCUAACCAUACCUUAAACCUUGAUUCUGUAGUUAGUGCUAACUUCCACCUCAACCCUAAACUUGCUCCCCACUUACCUUACCGUUAACUUUAACUCUAGACUUUGGCCUAAUCCUUAACCUAACCUUAAGCCUGACCUUAAACCUAACCAUAAUUUCACUAGUUGUUGGCUCCAAGCCACCCCUAUUACAGACGGCCUCCGUUCUUAUGCCCUGUUUAGGGGGCCAAAUAAGUCAAUCCUACCGCGGAGUUUUACUGCAAAUGCCCUAGGGCCGCAAUCACGCGACAACAAAUACUUCCAAAAUUCCAGCGUCCUCAGAAAAACAGAGCUGUAGUGAAGGCGGGCUGCCAGUUAAAUUUGGAGGGAGCUGUCGUUAAGGCAGACUUCAGCGAGUAGGGCACGAUGGGUCUGUCCCAGAGGGUUGUGGUGAUGCCUUUCUGCUUCUGUAUUUCAAGAUAGCAAAGCGACAAUACCAGCACUGCAGGAGCAUCAGCUUAAUCAAUAUCGCUGGGCGGCCUACAUGAGUUUCCUCCAGAACCAAACUAUCUCCACCAGGGGCGUAUGAACAAAAAAACUAGGGCGGUCUUUGUCCUGGCGGAAUCAGUAUUACCAGGUAUUCAAGAUACAACGAAAAUUAUUAUGACGUAUUUUGCCUGAAAAGGAGAUGGCCAUCUGUUUGCCUGAACUCCCUGAAGAUGUCGACUUGGUAAAAGGACUGUGCUUUGGGGAGUCGUAAAGGAUGAUUGUAUGCCUCUGAAACUAAUUAAUUUGGUCAAGACACAUUACCACAUCGCACAAACCAAAACUCGGGGGUAGGAUGGAAGGAGUGAAUACUUCUUCGUGAAUUCUGGCGUCCGACAAGGUUGGGUUUUCUACUUAGUUCUUUUCAUUUGCGCUUUUAACUUGCUCCUAUUAACAGCCCUCCACAACCGUGAAAUCGUCCUGGUAUGGCAUGGCAUGCUUGCCUCCGAUAUUCACUAUGUUCACGGCAGUGCUCUAUUUGAAUGCUCCUCAGAGGAAACACAUUUUACUUUGACAGUGAAGUCGUCACCUUCUUCGAAGUCGGAACCAAACUGAAAAGUGAGAAAAUUAAAGUGCUGCUCGAUAGCUUCGUACCCGAAGCAGUGCACUUUCUUCCUUCUAGAUAGUGAGGAGCCCGCCGUGGUCAAAUAUUUUAUUCACAUUGGGUUUCUCGCAUUAUCGAUGGGGAGAUGCACCUCCCGCUGCCUAGGUAACAAAGCAUCAUAAUCUCAGAUAGUUUGGUAAGGCACUUCUUCGAUCUAAAGGGAAGUUCAUCCUCGACGCCAUCUCUUGGAGCCCCUGCUCAAGUUGGCUCCACCGCCGGAGUAGCUAACUCAGAAAGUGGACAGAUGUGAUGAACUCAAACCUGGAGGGGAAGCUGGUUCAGGCGGUAUCCGGUUUUCAGAAAUGGAAAGUUACCUGGUAAAAUACCUCUGAAGGCCCAAUCAUUCGUCGAGGGGAUAAGCCGUACUAUUUCCUGAUGCCACGAGCUCUAUAGUUGGGUAAACCAACACCACUUUUAGUCGGUGAAACCAAAAUAAACUAAGAAUGAAUCGCACAUCCCUCUGUUAGCGGGCAACAUCUCUUUAUCUAAUAUUCCCUGUUCGUCUAACGCUAAACCCCUGGGUAAGAUAAUUGCAGUCUUUGGCUGGUUGCUGGUGUAGUUAGUACACGUGGGUAAACACCACAACUUUUUCACUUGCCGUCUUUGCAACCUUGCCCUGGCAGAGUUCAUGAACUACAUAAUGACGAAUAAGACUCUUCAGUUGCCUUCUAACACAUUUUGAGCGAUAAGAUCUACACGAACAGGUUGUUUCAAGAUCCGAAAUAUGACAUCCAGUACAGCUUAAAACCCCUUUACUUAAUUUUUGGUGACGGUGGCUGACCAAUAAGUAACCUCCAAAGUUUGGUUGCGUAAAAAUGGCUUUUUUCCUGGCACUGUCUACCGUCCAUUUUCGUGGGUUGACGAAUUUAAAAAUUCGUUCCUUUGGCCGGAAUUGGUGUGUAAGCCAAUCACACUUUACUAGUAAUGCUUAGAGAGUAUGAUUCAUAUAACGUGUUCUUUUUUCACCAACUUUACAUUAUCAGAGAGUUUGCUGCAGGAAAUGGUCGGACAGAGGUCCGGGUGACUUUUCGAGGCUGAUCAAUUUUUUUGAUUUUACCGUCUCAGUCAUUUUAAUGAUAAUUAGCAGACGCUGUCAGUCAGCAACUCGAAAAUCGCUGCUGCGUCCGACGACUCACAUGCUUCCCCCUCGGAUGAGCUCGACACCAGUUUCUAGUCAUUCAUGUGCCCAUCCUCCUCUGAACCCACAUUUUUGUCCAUUUUCAAGUGCCUUGACCUUGAAAAACUUUCCUUAAACUUGUUUCAGUCGGUUUGUCGUUGGCCGUGGAUUUCAAAUGCGCUUGUCCCCCCUCGCAGUACUACAAAUGGCAAAGUGGUACGAAAACUUGCGUUCACUUCCAAACCUGGCGAUUCCCCGGCUACUGGCAGAAGACGGUGGAAGAGCAGCGAAAAAAAUGGCGAUUCGACCCACCAGAGUACUUCAAAUACCUGGACUGCGAUCGAGAGGGAACUCUGGAGAUGACCUACUUCGGACUAGAGGAGGACACUGCAGAGAACGGGUUUGUUAAACCUUACCUUCGCCGAGCGGAGUACUGCCGGUGCAAACCCAAUUUCUACGGAACUAGAUGCGAUAAGGUAGAGAAGUUCUCAUUCAGUCUGUCAUAGCGCAAUGGCCUUUAACAAGACUACUUUUUAACCCAUUUUAGGAAGAAAAGACCCAUAUGGUUGAUAUUAACUAGGUGAUUGUAAAUCGAGUGUUUUUAUACAAUACCCUGUCAUCUUGAAAUCUUUCUUUUAUCAGAGACGAAAUCCCUGUGAGGUAUCGAUUGGGAAAGCUCUCUCUGGAAAUACAGCCUGCAGAGUAACCGAUGGGAACAGCUGCUUUCCAAACAUAAUUUUAUCCACCUAUACUUGUGCAUGCAUAACCGGCUACAGACGAUUCAACUUCACGAAGGGACCGUUGGCGGGCCUGGACAAUUGCAUUGAACAGGUUGGUGGCUGCGAACGCACCAGCUGCAAUCACGGUCGAUGCAUUUCGGUGAGCCUAUUUGUUCUCCUCAUUAGUGCAUACAUUACUCUCGCAUCAGGGCUUUCUUGGAUACUUUUAUCGGUGCCGUAAGGGGAAAACAACAAACUUUUCACGGUGGGACUUGCGUUUUCUGAAGUCUUUACCACUGCGGGACAAAAGUUUCACCGCAGUAAAUCUCAUGUGACGUUUAAAACAUCGUUCCAGAUUGCGGCCAAGGCACGGCAUAAGGAUCUCCUGUAAAUCAGUUGGCCUUGUGCUAAAUUCCGGGAAGUAUAUUUAUUCUCAUGUCCUAACCCUAGCCCUAACAUUAGCUCUAACCUAUAUCCUAACUCUGUCCCUAACGUUGGCCUGAGUCCUAACUGUAACCCUAAACCCACCUCUAAUCUCCAUGGGAUUUAACGCAAGACCAUCUGUGUCACAGAGAGAGAGAGAGAGAGAGGAGGGGUUUCUAUUCCCCUUGUCUUGUGCGGUUGCAUUCAUCUAGAUUUUCACGUUUACUGUCAAGCAAUAAUCAGAUUUUAUUCCAGUUUGAGACGUUCCGCUCCUGUAUCAUUAACUUCUCGACGAUCUCUAUGAGGGGGACUAUUAGGGAGAAGGGUUUCUGGUGUCUUGGGGCGCAAACUCAUCGGAAGGUAGGAUAAAUGCUUGGUCGCAUCGCCGUUGAGGUCAUGGACUCUAUCGAACUAGCCCAGUAAACGAUGGAGAAAGGAGUACUGACAAUUAUUGUACCUUCACUCCCUUCAUGAUUAUGCAAAUUGAAUGAGGAACGGAUCUGAAAACAAGCCAUUUAAGAUAAGGGAGGAUGCAGACAACGCUCACUAGGGCCAAACAGAUACGUCGACUGCAAUAAAUACCCCCUAAUGUGGACUUCUACUUGGCCAUAUAUGGGAGAUCCGGGCCGGUGUGUGGCACGCCGAAAACGAACUCAUCUUCCUUUCUCAGCCACUGAACUAUAUCUUGGCUUGAUUCCGAACGGUCACUAGCCCAUGGGAGAUCUGGGUCGCCCUAGAUAAUAAUUAACGCCCACUUUUCUCACUACGAACAUCCAGGCGGGCUUUGAAACCAUCACAACGUGGGUAACCAUUUUCUCCGCGCAACUUCGCCAGCCGGUGCAUGCGCAAACGAGAUGAGCGACAAAAUCGUGCCGACCCCAAAUUCUGGCGAGUGAUCCCGUACAUCAAGAACGUCUCCGAGGACGUUAGUGGCCUUCUCGCACCACUUGGGGUUGGAGUUGUACACAGACCGGAGGCAACCAUCAGGCGUCAGGCGAUGAGACCAAAAGACCCACUAUCACGGCAAGAAACAUCUGGAGUCGUUUACCGGAUCUGGUGCAGUUGCGGACAAAGCAACUACAUCGGAGAAAUUGAAAGACUGCUCCGGACGCAAAUUGCCGAACACGCGGCAGCAGUACGGAGAAAUGGCGCCAACUUUUAGGUCGCGGCCCAUUCGACGGGACCCGGCCACACAUUCAAGCUCGAUGAGGCUGAAAUUCUCGCGAGAGGGGAUAAUCGCGUGAGCCACGAGUUGCUUGAGUCAUGGUUCACGGGACCUCAGUCUCUCAACAAGUGCAACGACAUCCCCACUCCAUAUUCCGUACGGAGGCAUAGGCUGGCCAAAGUAAUUGACCACUCGGGGAGCGCGCAAGCCUGUGAGCCAGAUGGCCGAGCAAUCAUCACGCCAGCAUCCAGCAAGGGUGAUGAGGUUUCAGCAAUUAACUACUUGCAUGCCGGCCAUCAAGCAAUUAGCGCACUGGCGGGCAAUAAUCCUUGAUGAAGGGGAGCGCGGUUAAUUACCAUAGGUAUGCGGCAGCAUAGCGACUGCAUCCUACAAAUACUGCAACUUCCUGUGCACGAGUCACCCAUUUCUGCUUCUGUCUCUGAUGAUGGGUUCAAGUGAGAAUCCGAAACGUCAGGCGAAUAAAGCCCUUGUUCCAGCGAUCGCUUCUUCUUCUGAUCAUCUUCUUUUCUCAGCCCCUGUACUAUACCUUGGCUUGAUUCCAAAAGGUCACUAGCCCAUGGGAGAGCUGGGUCGCCCUAGAUAAGAAUUAGCGCUCACUUUUCUCACUACGAGCAUCCAGGCGUGCUUUGAAACUAUCACAACGUGCCAGCCUUGUGGGUUUGAAAGUUACUCACCGAUAGAAUAAAACAGCCCACCUUAGGAUUGAUGACCUGACUGUAAGGGCACUUUCUCGGUGUGGCCAUAAUAGCGUUCUCACUCACGCGAGAUCCGGAACAGUUCUCUCAAUAAAACCCAUUACGUGUGGAGUUUUGGGUCAGCACAUUGUGCGGUAGGCGUAGAUGUGUUCUCAGCUGCGUUCACUGCUCCUGUUUUUAAUAAUUCGAAUCUGUAUUAGUCUUGGAGAUAGGCGGGUGGAAAAAAUAGAUAGGCAAUUAUGAUGGAAAGUCAUUUCAACAUAAACAAGUUCAUGUUGGGACCAAUUGCCGCCACACCCGACUCGGAUCCCACGGAGUGGGAGUACCAUAAACGUCGCAUCAAGAAGGAACCAUUGCAGCCUGACUCUUAGACCACCAGCUGGCCACUUCACACAAACACACAACACUGGGUCGACGGCGAGGUCCAAGUUAUCCUGUCAGUUGGCAACCUUCCAAGCCACGGCCUUUAGCGCACCGUAACAACUUCAGGCGCGUCAGAUUGUUUCUAGUGAGGGGAAUGCGCUUAAUCGUCGGACCCACUCUCACUUCCUAUUCCCACACCCCAUUCGCAGUCCCGAGCCGGUCAGUUGACAGGUGCAGGGAAUGGG